AUGGGAGCGGGAGCGGCGCGGGGGGCCCGAGGCACAGCGGCGGCGGCGGCGGCGCGCGGGGGGGGGUUUCUCUUCACCUGCAUCGUCGUGGGCCUGGCCGGUCACCUGGCGUACACCCACGGAGCCCCUGAAGAUGUGGAUGUUCUGCAGCGCCUGGGUCUCAGUCGGACGAAGGCGGUGGGCGGCCGGGGCGCUGCGCCCCCAGGGGUCAUUCCUUCCCCCUCGGGCUUCAUCUUGACCCAGCGGGCCCGACUGCAGACGCCCGCGGCCGCCGUGCUCCCUGGCGCCCUGGGCUCCGAGCUGGCCCUCGUGCUGAGCCUGUGCUCCCACCGGGUCAACCAUGCCUUCCUCUUUGCCCUGCACAGCCGUCGGCACCAGCUGCAGCUGGGCCUGCAGUUCGUCCCGGGCCAGACCCUGGUCCACCUGGGGCCCGGGCACUCGGUGGCCUUCGACCUGGACGUGCACGACGGCCGCUGGCACCACCUGGCGCUGGAGCUCCGAGGCCGCUCGGUUACCCUGCUGACGGCGUGUGGCCAGCGGCGGGCGUCCGUCUCACUGCCUCACCCCUGGGCGGCAGCCCUCGACCCCCAGGGCUCCUUCCUCCUCGGGAGUCUGGGCCCCCACGCGGUCCCGUUUGAGGGCUCUCUGUGCCAGUUCAGCAUCCACCCCGUGGCCCGGCUCGCUCACGGCUACUGUGCCCUCCUGAGAGACGAGUGUGGACAGGCCCACGCCCCCCGGCCCCGGCUGGGGCCCCUCCCCCGCUUGGACUCCUCCGGCCGGCCCCUGGCCUUGCCUGCCGAUCUGGACCUUCUGGGCCUGCAGAACCUGACCACCGCCCAACCUGCCUGGGGGUCCCGGCCAGCCGGCAGGGGGGCCGGGACGACGACGGUGGUGCCCGCUCGACCCACCAGGCCUCCGAGGACCAGCGGUGCCGACGCUCCCCCGCGUGCCGAAGCUCAGACUCCGCGGCCCCCGGUCAAGCUCUCGGCCACCAAAGGACUUUCUCCGGCAGCCCCCGCCUCUCCCGCCGGCUCCAGCAGGCCUGCGCCGCCCCCCAGCCUGAGCAGCGCCCCCCAGCUCCCCAAGAGCUGGUCUGCCCAGCCCUCCACCCCUGCUCCUUCUGCAGCCCCGAGGCAAAGCCCCCGCCGCCCCCCGAAGGCGUCUCCCCGGCCCAUCACCAAGGCAGCCCCGCUCACCAAGAAGACAGCCCCCACUUCCCGCCCUGUUCCGGCUGCAGCCGCGGGGGCCAGCAGGAAGCCAGCCCCGAGGACCCCCACCACGCCCAGACCUGCCCCCACCAGUGCCCGGCCCCUGCCUCCUGCCACCAGGGACUCCUCUAGAAAGUCCCUUCCCAUGGAGAAAGGCCAGCGGCACACACAACGCCGCCAGGGCGGCCGCGCCAGGGGGCCAGCCGCUGCCCGCACCGCCACGCUCCGGCCAGCCCCACCCACGGCGCUGCCCCGCUCACCGGCCUCCAGCCCCAGCCUCCCCCGGGCCCUGCGGCCACGAGCCACAGCCAUGCCGCCGACCCUCGCUCCGGGCUCCCCGCCCACCCGCAGCCCGAAACGCACCAGAUCAGAAGCCACCACGAAAAAAGCCAGACCCCAGGGCAGCUCCCCAAAGCCCAGGAUGCUCAGCCCCGGAAAGGCACCCAGGGACGUGCCGUGGACCCGUCCAGCCACGGGGUCUGGCCAGCAGACCCCGCCAGCUCCAGCCCUGGCACCAGCUCGGUUCCUGUCCUCCAGCCCCCAGCUCACCACCAGCGGCUACUCCUUCUUCCACCUGGAGGGACCCACGCCGUUCCCACUGCUGAUCGGACCUCCGGGGCCCAAGGGAGACUGUGGUUUGCCGGGUCCCCCCGGGCUGCCAGGACUCCCCGGACCCCCAGGUGCCCGGGGCCCUCGGGGUCCUCCUGGGCCUUACGGAAGCCCCGGGCUCCCCGGCCCGCCCGGAGCCAAGGGACAGAAAGGAGACCCCGGGGUGUCACCAGGAAAGGCCCACGAUGGGGUGAAGGGUGACGAGGGCUUGCCUGGGCCCCCGGGCGCACUGGGACCCCCAGGACGGAAGGGACACAAGGGCUAUCCUGGACCCGCGGGGUACCCCGGAGAACAGGGGCGGCCGGGACCCGAGGGCAGCCCAGGGGUCAAAGGUUACCCUGGCAGGCAGGGGUUACCCGGACCCGUAGGAGGACCUGGACCCAAAGGUAGCCGGGGCUACAUUGGACUCCCAGGGCUCUUUGGCCUACCAGGGUCCGACGGAGAGCGCGGCCUGCCCGGCGAGCCUGGCAAGAGGGGCAAGAUGGGUAGGCCGGGGUUCCCUGGAGACUUUGGGGAGCGAGGCCCUCCGGGACUGGACGGGAACCCUGGAGAGCUGGGCCUGCCAGGGCCCAUAGGCGUCCCCGGCCUCAUCGGUGACAUGGGUGCGUUGGGUCCGAUCGGCUACCCGGGACCCAAGGGCGUGAAGGGCCUGAUGGGAAACAUGGGGGAACCCGGACUGAAAGGUGAUAAGGGUGAACAAGGGGUCCCAGGCGUGUCGGGCGAUCCCGGAUUCCAAGGCGACAAGGGCAGCCAGGGAUUGCCCGGGUCCCCGGGUGCACGGGGAAAGUCGGGGCCUCUGGGAAAAGUUGGAGACAAAGGACCCCUGGGGCUUCCCGGGCCCCCUGGACCCGAGGGAUUCCCAGGAGACAUUGGCCCCCCAGGGGAGAACGGUCCUGAAGGUGUGAAGGGUAAGCCCGGAGCUCGAGGCCAGCUGGGACCUCCUGGGCAGCCAGGGCUAGAGGGCGACGAGGGCCCCACGGGGCCACCAGGAGCCCCUGGCUUGGAGGGUCAGCCCGGCAGGAAGGGGUUUCCCGGGAGGCCUGGCCCAGACGGCCUGAAGGGAGAGCCAGGGGAUCCCGGACGGCCGGGGCCUGUGGGCGAGCAGGGACUUCUGGGAUUCAUCGGCCUGGUGGGGGAGCCAGGCAUCGUGGGAGAAAAGGGCGACCGGGGCGUGAUGGGACCCCCAGGCGCACCCGGACCCAAGGGGUCGAUGGGUCACCCUGGGACUCCCGGUGGCGUUGGGAACCCCGGAGAGCCUGGACCCCCGGGACCUCGGGGGUCUCGAGGCCCACCAGGCAUGAGAGGCCCCAAAGGACGCCGGGGCCCCCGAGGACCUGAUGGAGCGGCUGGAGAUCAAGGGUCCCGAGGCCUGAAGGGCCCCCCCGGACCUCAGGGCAGACGGGGCCAGCCCGGACAGCAGGGCGCGGCCGGGGAGCGGGGCCUCGCGGGCCCACGAGGGUUUCCGGGCAUCCCCGGCCCCUCGGGGCCCCCCGGCACCAAGGGGAUCCCAGGAGAACCGGGCCCCCAGGGACCUCAGGGCCCUCUCGGCCCCCUGGGAGAGAUGGGACACAAGGGGCCUCCAGGUGCGGUGGGAGAACCGGGCCUUCCCGGGGACGCCGGCCUGAAGGGUGACCUCGGGCCUCUGGGGACCCCCGGGGAGCAGGGCCUCAUCGGACAGCGGGGAGAGCCUGGCCUCGAGGGGGACAGCGGCCCCGCAGGGCCCGACGGGCUGAAGGGAGACAGGGGCGACCCUGGGCCCGACGGCGAACACGGCGAGAAGGGCCCGGAGGGCCUGAAGGGCGAGGACGGCCCCCCGGGUCCGCCUGGCAUCCCUGGGGUCCGGGGUCCCGAGGGGAAACCAGGGAAGCAGGGCGCAAAGGGCCGGACUGGAGCUAAGGGCGCCAAGGGCUACCAAGGACAGCUGGGCGAGAUGGGCGCUCCUGGAGACCCUGGGCCCCCUGGCACCCCAGGCCCUAAAGGGUCCCGGGGCAGCCUGGGACCAAUGGGCGCUCCGGGACGGAUGGGGGCCCAAGGAGAACCCGGGCUGGCUGGCUAUGACGGGCACAAGGGCAUCGGGGGGGCCCUCGGACCUCCUGGACCAAAAGGCGAAAAGGGGGAGCAGGGGGAGGAUGGCAAGACGGAGGGGCCCCCGGGGCCCCCUGGAGAUCGGGGCCCUGUGGGUGACCGAGGCGACCGUGGGGUGUCAGGGGACCCCGGAUACCCUGGACAGGAGGGCUUCCAGGGCCCCCGAGGAGAUCCGGGCCAGCAGGGCCGACCCGGACAUCCGGGACCCCGGGGGCGGCCGGGACCCAAAGGAUCGAAAGGGGACCAGGGCCCAAAGGGAAAGCAAGGCAAGGCUGGGGCGCCAGGACGGAGGGGGGCCCAGGGCCUGCAGGGGCUGCCCGGGCCCCGGGGCGUGGCGGGGAGACAGGGCCCCGAGGGCGUCUCUGGACCUGACGGGCUUCCUGGCAGGGAUGGCCGGGCAGGACAACAGGGGGAGCAGGGAGACGAUGGGGACCCCGGCCUCCUGGGCCCCGCCGGGAAGAGAGGAAGUCCAGGCGUGGCUGGCCUGCCGGGGGCGCAGGGGCCCCCAGGAUUCAAGGGUGAAAGCGGGUUACCUGGGCAGCUGGGACCCCCUGGCAAGCGAGGGUCAGAGGGCGGAACGGGGCUUCCUGGGAGCCAGGGGGAGCCUGGCUCCAAAGGCCAUCCGGGUGACCCUGGCGAGAUGGGCUUCCCGGGAGUGGCCGGCCUCUUCGGACCCAAGGGACCCUCUGGAGACAUCGGCUUCAAAGGCAUCCAGGGCCCUCGAGGGCCUCCGGGCCUGAUGGGAGAGAGGGGCAUCAUCGGGCCCCUGGGCGGCCUCGGGCCUUCCGGACACCUGGGUCCGAAGGGCGACAAGGGCAGCCGAGGGGACUUGGGACUACAAGGUCCGAGGGGUCCCCCCGGCCCCCGAGGGCAGCCUGGCCCGCCGGGCCUCCCCGGGAGCCCCAUCCUCUUUCAGCAAGACGACCUGGGCGCGGCUUUCCAGACCUGGGAGGACACCCGCGGAGCACUGCAGGCAGAGGGAUUCGGCCGUGUGGACCGGCUGGUGCUGGACCAGGCCGGGGAGAUCUUUAAAACCUUACACUACCUCAGCAACCUCGUCCAGAGCAUUAAGACGCCCCUGGGCACCAGGGAGAACCCGGCCCGGGUCUGCCGGGACCUCAUGGACUGCGAGCAGAAGAUGGCGGAUGGUACCUACUGGGUGGACCCAAACCUUGGCUGUGCCUCCGACACUAUCGAAGUCUCCUGCAAUUUCACGCACGGGGGCCAGACCUGUCUCAAGCCCAUCACGGCCUCCAAGGUCGAGUUCGCCGUCAGCCGGGUCCAGAUGAACUUCCUGCACCUGCUCAGCUCCGAGGUGACCCAGCACAUCACUAUCCACUGCCUGAACCUGACCGUGUGGCCGGCGGGCACCGGGCGGGCCCCGGCCGGGCAGGCCGUGCGCUUCCGGGCCUGGAACGGGCAGGUCUUUGAGGCUGGCGGCCAGUUCCGGCCGGAGGUGUCCGUGGACGGCUGCCAGGUGCAGGAUGGCCGCUGGCAUCAGACGCUCUUCACCUUCCGGACCCAGGACCCCCGGCAGCUGCCCAUUGUCGGUGUGGACAACCUCCCUCCUGCCUCCUCAGGGAAGCGGUACCGCCUCGAAGUUGGACCUGCGUGCUUCCUCUGACCCUGACCUCCUAGCCCCUCUGGGCCUCUCGGGGGCAGGAGGACGUGGAGGAGGCAGCGCGGGAGAGCCCCCCGGGGCAGGUGGGCCCAGGAACAGUAGUAGUCCGAGGCAGACCAGGCCAUUGUCUUUGCUGAGGAAGGGGUGGGAGUAGCAGGGAAAAUGGGGUAUUCGUGGGGUCCCGGUUCGACCCCCCAAUAGACCCACCCAAGAACCAGCAACGGGCGGAUCUGGGCCUGCAAGCCACUGGUGCCCGAGACCCAGGCCUGUGGUCACCCCUUCCUGCCCUCACGUCUCAUCUGAGGAGCCCCACGUUCAUGCCAGCUGGAGGGGAGGGGGGUCCCGGUGGGCUGGUCGCCCCCAGGGAACAUUGAAGUGCAAUAUUGGCGAGGAGAGGUGGGAAGAAGCCAAGGGAAGACAAAAGGAUCUAUAUUUUAUUUAAACUCAUUCGGAGAAGGCGGAUGACGGUCCGUCUCCACCUGGGGAAAGAGGUGAGCGGGAGGAAGAGCAGCGGGGUGUGGGGGGGGGUGUGGGGCAGGAAGCCAGGGGCACCAGAGGGGGGCCGGGGAGCCCCUUGGAUUGGGGGGGCGGGGAAGGCGCCCUCCACUUCCCACUGUGAAGUUGCUGGUGCUGACGAUUUUCUCGUAGUGUCUGUGAUUAUUUUUUACAAGGGAAGAAGUAAAAUCACCCUAUUUAAGAAUUCUGAAGGUGCUACCAUAUAUAUAUAUAUAUAUAUUUUUUUUUUUUUGCCACAGACUUCUUGAAGCAACAUUUUUGCCAUGGGGAGUCCUUCCCAUCCUUCUCUCUCCCCUCCAACACACCCGUUGGGGAGGGGAUUUUGGAUUUUGGCCCAUUUUUCUAGCCUCUCCCUUAUACUCGUCAGGUAAUCCGCUAACGAGCAGGGAUGGAAGCGGGAACUGAGGAAAAAAAAAAAAGAAAAAGAAAAAGAAAAAAAAAAGCAAAGUUAAAAAAAAGACAAAACAAAAAAACCCUACCUGAAGCAGAAGUAGAGAGAUUUAGCCUUUAACUUAUGGACUGGGCGAUGUUGAUCCUCUAAGUCGCAGGCAAGCCUGAGCAGGCAGGACCUUGGCUUGGCCUUUCCCACGCUGGUAGGAAUCGGGGCUGAUGUGGGAGGGUCUCCCCCGGCCCCCCAGGGGACUGCGAGCAGCCCCCACCGGAAGGCUGCAGUUCCUGGCCUGGCGGCGGAACAGACCCGGGGCCUCACGUCGCAAAGCCACGCGCUGCCCCUCGGCCUGGGUCUCCCGUCGCCCGCCCGCCCGCUCCCCAGCGUCUUCGGCUCCCAGGGGGGGCAGUGGGAGCUGGACAGAGACUUUGGGGGUCCCCGGAGCUGCGCUCCACCUGCCCAGGAGCCCGCGCGCCCGGCGUGGCUCCUGUUGUCCUUAGGGAAUUAUUUUUCUAGGUGGGGAUAUUUUAUGUGAACGUCUAUGUGUGUCUUUUCCUUCCCCACGCCGUGUCUCUUUGGGAACUGCAUCGGAUUGCCCUUAUUUAAUACCUCACUUUCCAGAGACUCCCUGUUUCCCUCUCCCCCCCCCCCGCCCCCCGCUCCCCGCCCCCACCCCCGGCCCUGCGCCCACCCCGGCUGGGCACUCUUUUGUGGCAGCUGAGCCGCAGCUGGGCUCCAGGCAGCUGCCCGCCUCUGCCGGGCCUGCGUCUCGUCCUGGGGCGCGUCUGCUGUGCUCCCCAGUGUCUCUCCCCGCCUGGCGCUGUGCUAGGCCCCGGUGGGUUCCAUUUCUCCCUUUCCCUCCUGGAUUUUAA